UUCUCGUCAAGCGCGCCGCGCCAAGGGAAGCAAGACGUCUACCCCGAGUCUGGCCGCAUCGCGACGUCCGCGAUGGCAGAAGGCGCCAUCGAGGGGACCGCGGGCAUGUACGAGGUUGCCUCGCCCUUCGCCACCGCCUUUGCCUUCUCGCGCUUCGGCGGCGCCGAGCUCGUGCGGCCAGCGGGCGGGCUCUCGUCGCUCGCCGCGGGAGCGGAGGCGACCUCGACGGAGCGGGA